CACUCAAUUAAUUUCUGGACUGACUGGGGUUUUUGGGCACAUAGAUUGUGACUUUCAAUUGAGAGUCAAAUUAAUUCAUUGACAUCUACUGGGAAAUGCUUUUUAAUGUGGGGCCUAACGUAUAGGAAUAGACGUAAUAUAUCUUGUACAGAUUCACUUAACGGCGAAGUGACCAUUUUCGCGAUAAUUUUACUUCUGGGUAACGGAUAUUAGCCUAGACGUGGUCCCUAUGAUAAUGUGGCAGUACAGAUCAAUUUCAAUGGUCAAGGAAUCGGACCGUGUGUGCGUAAUAAUCACCUGUCACUUGUAGAACAUCUUGAUUCUAUUUCGAAUGAAAGAUUUUGACAGUUUUUUGCAAAGGGUCCCUUUUCUGUCUUUGGUGUGAGAGGGGAUCCCGUAUGGCGACGAUGACACAUAUAUUGCCUAUGAAUGGAGGUGGAUGCAGCUCGGGCAACUCUAUUGGAAAAAUCUUCGGAAACCCUCUAUUUCAUAGGGGUGUGACGUCUGGCUUUCCGCCCGUAUCAGUGUUGAAGGCUCCGGUCAAGGCAUUCCGAGGCCAUUUGUCCCUAGAGAGAAUGCUGUCUGCCUCCUCACAUGGCCGUCAAAGGACACAAGCAGGCCACACCAACCGCUGGCAGCUGCGCCACCCCCUUGGCAGUGAUCUGCUGGGGCAAGCACAAGCUGAGAGAACCAUGAGAGUGGCCCUCAACACAUCACUCAGGACCAUAAGGACAGCUGACUCUCCACAGCCCUGCACUCAUGAUGAGCCCCCCCUGCCACGGCUUACCCUCCCAGCGAGCACCAGCCUGCCCAGAAGCCCCAGACGCUGUGUGCCAGGUCAUCCCAGCAAGGCUACGCCAGAGGACCUGUUCUACCUCCUGUCCCGCAGUGUUGUCCAUUACAACCAACCAGACGUGGUGCUGGAGUGCCUGGGAAGCCAGUGGGAGCUGCACUGCCCUAAUCUCACCAAGUCAGGCACCCUAAGCAACCUCUACAUGUCAACCAGACAGCACAGGGCAAGGAGCCUUCAGGACAGAGCAGGUGCACUUCUUAAAUGUGUCUCCCAGAGGCCAGAGUUUUGA